AUGACGACUGUAGGAGUUCCCAGUGGAGAGAAAUUAUGGGAUCAUAAUCAAUAUGGAAAAAUCCUCAGUUACAAACAAGCUCCCUCUCAACAUCAGAAAAUUCAUACAGGAGAGAAAUCCUACAAAUGUGCUGAUGUUGGGAAGAUCUUCACUCAGAAGUCACAGCGCAAGGUACAUCCCAAAGUUCGUACAGGAAGAACACUCUAUGUAUGUACUGAAUGUGGGAAGGCUUUUGUACGGAAGCCAGAAUUUAUUAUACAUGAGAAAACCCACAGUAGAGAGAAGCCCUANGACUGGUAUCUAGUUCCCAAAACAGAGGUUUUCAUGUUAGAACAAGGAAAGGAGCCGUGGUCAUUGCGGGCUGAGAGCCCACAUCAGAGAUGUCCAGGAGAGAAAUUAAGGGAUCAUAAUCAAUAUGGAAAAAUCCUCAGUUACAAACAAGCUCCCUCUCAACAUCAGAAAAUUCAUACAGGAGAGAAAUCCUACAAAUGUGCUGAUGUUGGGAAGAUCUUCACUCAGAAGUCACAGCGCAAGGUACAUCCCAAAGUUCGUACAGGAAGAACACUCUAUGUAUGUACUGAAUGUGGGAAGGCUUUUGUACGGAAGCCAGAAUUUAUUAUACAUGAGAAAACCCACAGUAGAGAGAAGCCCUAUAAAUGCAAUGAAUGUGGAAAAUCCUUUUUCCAAGUAUCAUCUCUCUUCAGGCAUCGGAGAAUUCAUACUGGAGAAAAACUCUAUGAAUGCAGUGAAUGUGGGAAAGCCUUCAACCAGAAAUCAAUCCUCAUUGUGCAUCAGAAAAUUCAUACAGGAGAGAAACCCUAUGUAUGUACUGAGUGCGGAAGAGCCUUCAUGUGUAAGUCAAACUUUAUUACUCAUCAGAGAAUUCAUACUGGAGAGAGACCUUAUCAGUGCAGUUACUGUGGGAAAUCCUUUUCCUCCAAGCCACAGCUUCUGGUGCAUCACGGAGUUCACACAGGAGAGAAGCCCUAUGUGUGUGCUGAAUGUGGGAAAGCCUUUAGUGGCAGGACAACUCUGAGUAACCACCAGAAAACUCAUACUGGGGAAAAGCCCUACAUUUGUUCUGAGUGUGGGAAGACUUUCACACAGAAGAUAGAGUUGAUUACACAUCAUAGAAUUCAUACUGGAGAGAAACCUUAUGAAUGCAGUGACUGUGGGAAAUCCUUUACCUCCAAGUCUCAGCUUCUGGUGCAUCAGCCAGUUCACACAGGAGAGAAGCCAUAUGUGUGUGCUGAGUGUGGGAAAGCCUUUAGUGCCAGGUCAAAUCUGAGUAACCACCAGAAAACUCAUACUGGGGAAAAGCCCUACAUUUGUUCUGCAUGUGGGAAGACUUUCAGGCAGAAGUCAGAGUUGAUUAGACAUAAUAGAAUUCAUACUGGAGAGAAACCUUAUGAAUGCAGUGAUUGUGGGAAAUCCUUUACCUCCAAGUCUCAGCUUCUGGUACAUCAGCGAAUUCACACAGGAGAGAAGCCUUAUGUGUGUGCUGAGUGUGGGAAGGCCUUCACCGAUAGGUCCAAUUUGAAUAAACACCAGACCACACACACUGGAGACAAACCCUACAAGUGUGCAGUCUGUGGGAAAGGCUUUGUUCAGAAAUCAGUGCUGAGCAUGCAUCAAAGAAUUCAUACUCGUGAGAAACUGAAAAAACAUCGCUGAGGACAUUUCUGAUUGUACAUAAUUGAAUCCAUGCUGCAGAAAAAAUGUAUAUUAUUGUAAGUAGAAACAUCCACAUCAGAAUGUCACACAUUCCUUUUCAAAAGAGGACGUCUGAGGAGGCACUGAAUGAGUCAGGAGACCACUCCCACAUUGUCAACAGCUUCAUUAAUCUUUGGGGCAUUUAUCCUGAGCAUGAACUGAGUCAAAUUGAUACAUUAAUAGAAGUCUUCUAUGAAAAAUAUGAUGGAACACUGUUACCAAAUUCAUCAUAGAAAAGAUUAUGUUGUCAUGUAAAUGAUAAUCCUGUUUCCUGUGGAUUAGGUACAGUGCCAACAAAUGGAAUGGUAAAACAACAUCAUGUAUACAGUAGUGACAAAUCCUGAAUUCUGUGAGUUGUUGGUUGCAGAACACAUGGUCUAACAGAACUGUGGGUGUUUUUCAUUCUUCUGUUGAAUCUAACACAGUCGUGCAUGUCCAGUCCCCCACUGAGUAUUUUUAUUAAGAAAGGGAUACCACAAUUUUUAAAAAAUGAUUUAUGUAUAGAGACAGAAAUUUCAGGGUGUCUGUUGACUCUCCAUUGUCAUCUUUCACCAUUACUUGUGACCUCUCUCAUAGCCACUAAUAGUGUCUUUGAGCCUCACAAGCCCUCAGCACACAGUCUUCUGACCCCCAGCAUAGUGUCCUGCGAACUCCCACUGCCCUCAGGAGAGCUUCCGAUGUAAGAAUUUUUAGGUCACUCAGUGAUCUUAAGUCUCCCGUCUGCUGUCACAUUCUUCCAACUCAUUUCCCUUCCUUAAUGAUCUGACUUUCAUAAUAAAUUUUGUGCCUUUAGGGCCUUUGCAUUUGCAGUGCCCUCUGCAAAGA